ACACCAGUCACACAGUCCGGGCUGCACCUCCGCCUGGAUCGGACCGGAGUUACUCUAUACCUGUCCCAAACUGAAAACGUCUUGGAAUGAUUAUCAAAAUGGAGUGAUAUAAGUGUAUUUCAAGUUGUCCUGCGUUAUCCAAGAAAUCAUUUGGACUGUCUGCCGUGACAUCAGACCCAAGCCCCAUACCAAGACAGUAACCAAGGAGAUAAACGAUGAGCCUAUAAUCCAAGAUGUUUCCACCGCACCACCGCACAAACGCUAGCAGCUGGACCAGGGACCUAUUUCUGAGCUGAUGCGGACUGGAGAGCCAGCCGAGGGAGACCAGGCGACCUCACCACAUUCCAAAAGGCCGGCCGCAUCCAACUGCACAACUGCAUAGUGUUCUUAGCAAUUUAUGUGCGUUUAAUUCGGCCAGCUAUGCAGAACGGUGAGCUACAGAGACCAGGGCAGAGCUUGGCGCGCACAUGAGAGACGUAGAUGUUAAAUUGUCAGAUAUUUGGCAGUGCUGAAGAAGUUACACGCUUUUUGGGAAACUGGAAUAAGUCUUGACAGCAGAUUUUUGUCGACAUAAAAUAGGGCUGCAAGACUAUUUGGAAUUGGAAUUUGAACAGACGCAAUUUGUAAAUCGCAAAAGUACCAGAGGUUUCUUCGUAAACAACAAAAUAUCCUGUCUGAAUCGUCAUAAAAACAGUGAAAAAAUGUUCUGAAAUUCUUGUGAAAGUUUGUCAGUAUUUUUGUCAAUUCUUUUGGACAUGUUUCAAAUGUGAACUUUGAACACUGUUAUCAAAACAUAAAUUGCAAAUCUAAAACAUUCAGCAGUUGCAUAAAACCCAGCGACGAUUGUAGAUCAAAAUUGUGAACAAUUUGGAUUUACAUUUUGGAAUUUUUGUGUGAAAACUGGUCAAAAUGAAUCUUCAAGAAAAACUAUCAGGACUUAAAGGUCUGGUCACACACUCCCACGGCAAGAGACGCUAUAAAGGGGACCUAACCACAGAUAUGAUCAGCCCUCCACUCGGUGACUUCCGCCACACCAUGCACGUCGGUCGCGGUGGGGAUGUUUUCGGCGACACCUCCUUCCUCAGUAACCACGGGGGGACUGCCAACGGGAACGGCGGCGAAACGGACUCGAUCACCAGCCCAGACAAUAAGAUAGGGGCCUUCUUCACCAGGACCCUGCGUCAGAUCAGGAGGGGCUCGGACAACAGGGCCCGGGAGGAGGCCAAAGAGCUGUCGCCGCCUCCCCCAGCCGUGUCGCCCAUCAUCAAGAACGCCAUCUCCCUCCCCAGGCUGGACGUGGACCUGCCCAACGGGACCCCCACCCGAGUGCUCUUCCCCAGCAGCCAGAACACGCCGGAGGACAAGAUGAGCUCGUAUGGGGUGGACUCCGGUUUCGUCACCCUGCCUCGCCUGUCCCGCUCGGAGCGCCAGCAACCCUCCAUCUCUCUCCCCACCCCCCUAGCCCCCAACCUGCACCGGGGCUCACUCACCGACACCGACCAGCCCCUCCUCUCGACCCGCACCUCGGCCCUCCUCGCCACCGAACCCAAACACACCGCCUACUCCGACUCACUGCCAUCCCUCACCUCUCUCGACUUCACCUUCGACCUGGGACCAUCCCUCAUGAGCGAGGUGCUGGGCCUGAUCGACGGGGGACAUCUUGAGGACCACGGGCACGCCUGGGAGGAGGGGUCGGCAUGCGGGCUGACCAACGAGGGCUCAGAGAUGGACUCUGCUACCAUCUCCUACGUGGAUUCCUUGCUCAGAGAAGACUGCGGUGGCGGGAAAAGUCCGAACUGGGACGAAGAAGAGGCUGUCGAAGUAAACGAACGAGUAUAUUCGGUUAAAAUGCCCGAUGUGGUGAUGGGUUCGGCAGAGAGGGUGAAGGGAGGGGUGGGAAUGGAGAGUGAGAGGUUUCAGAGCGCUACAGAUGUGCUGGCACGUCACUACGGAGGCAGCAGUGUGGUGAAGGGACACUACAAGAUGGACACUCACUCAGACAUGUUCAGUAAGAAGAAAAUUUCCUACUCUUACAUCGAAGACGAGGACGAAAUCAAAGUCUAAAUAGGAUAUAAAAGUGAUGUUAUGGACACUUAAAGGGCCCAUAUUACGCUAUUUUCUGAUCUAUGUUAUAAUGUUGUUUCCUCAUCAAAAACAUACCUGAAGUUGUGUUUUGCUUCAUUCCCACAUACUUAACAGCCAAACCCUGCAGAACUCACCCACCUUUAGUUCUUCUCGUAACCAGAAAACACAUUUAAUAAUACAGGAAUUUCUCCACUGUGUUUUUAAACUCCAUACACAGUCAUUAGAAUUAUUUUGAUCAUUUCAGCCUUGGAUUGGCCAAUCUCUACUGAACAAAAGGUAGCUGUUUACAUAAGAUUUACCACUACAUGACAUCACAUGGUAGAGCAGAGCAUUUUGAGCUUUGGAGAUGUAGACAGGGUCAGGGUCUACUACACAUUUGUCUCUAUGGGGAUGUUAUUGCUUUAUCUGGAAUGUUCCACAGUAUGGCAUUAGACUUAUCUUGCAUUUAUUUAAUUACAUGAGUUUUUAUUGUUUAACAUUAUCCUGAAAUGUAAUGUAAGUUUGCUUGAUCACGUUACCCUGCUUGUGUCCGUGGAAGUAGAUAGGUUUAAUGCCAUACUGUGGAACAUUUCAGGCAAAGCAAUAACAUCUAUUGGACAAGCAGAUGGUAGACCUUUAAUCGGAAAAGUUACAUAGUCCAUCUUUAAAGAGUUAGGGUAAAUAAUAAAGCAUAAUUUCUACAUAAUUUCAGGUCUCACUGCAUCUUUUAGUCUUCAAGUCACUCAGGAAUGCACAAAAAGGGAGGUAUCACACUACAAUUAUUACUCAUUGGAUAUCAAGGGAUCAGUAUUUUCUGUUUAACACUAAAGCCUAUAGCUGGUAAUAUAAUGCUGCAGACUACAGUUACUCCGAGCACCUUGUAUGAAAAUGAAGUCUGACUCCUGUAUUGCUUUUAUAGAAGAUUUGUCUUAUAUAUUUUCUACAAUUGUACAUGAAAAUAUAAGCAGCCAUUUUGUAUGUAUAUGUAUGUAUGUAUGUAUUGUGACCACCGGCAGCAAAUUGUGCAAAUCGCUACCACGUGCUGCAGACAAUAGCAACGAUGUACUUACGAUGAUAUAAAUGGACAAUAA